AAACCCGAGAGAAGAAGACGAACUAAGAGGUAACUGUAAACUGUGCUUCGCGGCAAUGUCGGAAGUGUCUGGUCCCUCCUCGCUCGCCGUACAUCGCGACAGAAAAACGUGUUAUCAAUGAAUGUUGUGACGGCAUCAAACCAGUAUGACUUAAAACCUGAAGCCGCCCCAGUUUAAACAUUAACGUGUGUCCAGUCUAAACCAGUAACCUCUCAUGACUUUGUACGUUGUGGCGUAAAGUGAAAGAAAACCCCUCCAAAACGCGCGUGUUAGCUUCAGCUGUUUAGCUAGCGGCUAACGGAGGCGAACCAAAACAAGAGGGAGGUGGAGCCGCCGCUGGGAGAAAGAAGCCCGCAGUCCAGACAUGUCCGCCGCGGUGAAACGGAGCAGGAAGCGGUACGGCCACCACGGCAAGCGGUGGAAGGGCUCCCGGGAGCUGGAGGUGGGCAUGGAGGGCAUCCUCAUCACGUGCAACAUGAACGAGAGGAAGUGCACCGCGGAGGCCUUCAACCUGCUCAGCGAGUACGCGGAGGAGCUGUUCGGACCCGAGAAGCUGCAAGACAAUACUGGGAGCAGCAGUGACGAAGAGGCUGAGGAAGAAGACGUGGACGUCGCACUGAAGAAGGAAGUGGCACAGCUGAAAGCAUCUGGAACCAAACAACAGAGGCGCUUCCAGGCUAUGGAGAGCGGAGCGAACAACGUCAUCUUCAUCAGAACUCAGAAUCUGGAAUCUGACAAGUUGGUUCAUCACAUCCUGUCUGAUCUCCACACCACCAAGAAGAAGAAGUCCAGAGUGAUUCUAAGGAUGCUACCAGUGACUGGGACGUGCAAGGCCUUUCAGGAUGACAUGGUGAAGUAUCUGACCACUUACCUGGAGUCGUGGUUCAAAACCCCAAAUUGUGCUACGUAUCAGAUCGCCUUCAAGGCCCGGAACAGCAGCCACAACAAGAGAGACGAAAUCAUCAAAUCCAUCGCAGGUCUCGUGGGGAUGCUGAACCCUAAAAACAAAGUGGAUUUGACCAACCCAGAACUGACAAUCAUUGUGGAGGUCAUCAAGACUGUGUGCUGCAUCAGCGUGGUCAAAGACUAUGCACUGUACAGAAAGUACAACGUUCAGGAGGUAAUGAAAGAGGAAGCGCCGAAGCCCGACGCGGCCGCAGAGAAAACAGCUACAGACCAACCGGAGCAGAAAGAGGAGAAACAGACGAACCUGGAGGAAAACAAAGGUGAAGAGGAAAAUGGCAAAAAUGUGUCGCAGGAAAAGGAGGUGAAGAAGAACGAGGAAGUGAAGAAGAACGAGGAGGUGAAGAAGAACGAGGAGGUGAAGAAGAACGAGGAAGUGAAGAAGAACGAGGAGGUGAAGAAGAACCCCGAAGACGAGUAAAGGUUUUCAUUCAAACAAUCAGAUUGUCAGUUGUUGAGUUAGACUUAAAGUUUUCUAGUUGUGUUAUGUUGUCAAACUUUUGUUUUCAGUUAAAAUUCGUUUUUUAAAUGACUGAUAACGAUACUUAAAAUGAGGUUGGCAAAAAAUACGGUAUUUUUGUGGUAUUCAUAAAAAAUCUCAUUGGUACCAACUUCAUUGAGCUGGUCAUCGUAAUUGAUCUGUAAUUACAGGUAAAGGUUUUUCUGCAGCUUAACUCUGACAAACAGAUUUUUGUAUGUCACUUAUUUUGACAUUUUAAAUUAAAGACUAACUGUUUGGUUCAGGUCAGUGUGUGUGUGAUCCAUGUAGUAAUUGAGUGUUUUUUGUAAGAAAUGCUAUUUCCUAAAGCUGUUCCUGAAUUAAAGCUGCUUGUGUUUUUAAA